AGAUCGACUUGUCUAGCAGUGAGGGCUUUGGCAACUUAAAACACUUCACUUGAUCCCUAGCGGGGUACUCCGGAUUUCAAGUGACUGGGAUGAUCAAAGGAUUUUUUUGUGUUUAAAAUUUUUGAUUUCAGGAUGUUUUUUGGUUGAAAAAUUUUGGCAAGCUUUUUUUUGGUGUAGCUUGAUUUAAGUAGGGAUUGUUUUGGCAUUCAAAACAAUAAUGAAGAUUCAUGAUAGUUAUUAUCAUUUAAUGCUUUUCUGGAAAUUUUCAUGCCUCAGAAAUUUGGCGUGGGAUUUUAAAUUUUGGGGUUUUGUUUUAAGCCGUAGGUAUUGAUUUUUGCCCCCAGUUGAUCAUCCCUGUCACUUGAAACCUGGAGUACCCCUCCCUGGGAUGUGAUUCAGGCAGAGCCUCUCUACGUCCUCACUUAAGAAGAAAAAAGGAGGCUCUGCUCCUUGCAGGUUGUAUUAUAUCACAAUGCUACUUUAAACUAGAAAAAACUACUACUAAAUCAACACUUAAUCCAGUGUUAUUAUUGUCAUGAUUGUUUUGUAGCGAUUCUUAGCACAAACUGGGGGACAUCAAGGAGGAUGGGAUGACUAUGAUCACCAACUUUUCCUUAAGUUAAAAAGCAAACAUAAGGCAAGGUUCUUAUUAGAAUGACUGGUUUUUAUGUAAUAGGUCAAAAUUAAAUUCAGAUGAGAAUUUUUUGACCCAUGUUGUUUCUCAAUUUUCUUUGUGUCCUAGCCUUAAUUCAGGAAUAAUUAGGGUUGGGUUGAUUUGAGAAUCAACCUAGGUUAAAAAAUUUUAACCUGAAUUUAAUUUUUACCGGUAACAUUUACAUCUUUAAUAGUAAUAGUGUUCUCAUGAACAGUUAACUACAUGUAACUGACAGGGGCAAACAGCCAAAAUUUAUUUGUUACAAAACCUGUUAACUUUGAUUAAUAAGGCAAAGGGAAGCUACAAAAUAUCAUUUGUUACUGGAGCCAGCAGGGAUUAAUAUAAUGUAGUUUUCCUGAACAUAAAACAUUUGUAAACCACACUUUUAGAAUGUUGAUUUUGAAAGCAUUACAUUAUUUGUUUUUCUUUUCAUUAUUAUUCUUUCUCAUUGCCUCACCAGUUCUUCAAAACAUAUUAGGACCACAAAAAGUAAUAAAAAUAAGUAAAUGAAUAAAUUCUGUUAAUUUUCAUUGGUACUGUAAAUUUUUUUAACUGUAGAAUUACACAACAUUCAUGCAAGUAGCAGGAAAAGGGAUUCCUGGCCGAAGUUUGGAUGAUGUACGGCAGCAUGAUGAGUGGUACAGUGAAUAUUUAAUUCUCAAGGAGAGUAAAAAGAAGGCAAUACAGGAGUGGAAGCAAAACAAAGAGGUUUUUUCAUCAGUUAUUGUAUUUAUAGUCUUAAGUUAGGGAUGGAGGUUAUAAUAAUAACCCUCGUGGAUCUUCCUCGCUAGAAAAAUAAUAUUCUUUUACACAUUUGAUUUGUGCCACCUUGAACCUUCAAGUUUUGUUCUAUUAUGCAAUGUAUUCCAAGACUGUAUUUUUCUGGCAAAAUAAAUAAACUGAAACUCUGGCAUGUGUUACAGUCAAACCGGAAAAACCGUGAAUACUAGAAAUAUUUCUGGAAUGUUAUUGUGUUGCAAGAAAAAAGCCAAUCAGGUGUGAGAAAGCCAAACCACAAGCAAUAACUUUAAUUAGUCUGUGGUUUUGUGGCUAGUUUGCAUGUGCUGAUCUCUGCUGUGAUUGGUCAUGACACAAUAAACAUCCCUGAUGUAUUUUAAGUGUUCACGGUUUUCCCAGUCGCACUAAAUCUGAGUUGGUGUAGCCAAGUGGCCAACACUUAUUGGAGCCUGCCUGGAGUGUCAUACAGCUGUAGCUUUAAGCUUUUUACUUGCUUAUAUGGAAAAUCCACAUUGUUAACUUGUCCUGGCUUUAUGCUGUUAAAAUAAUUAUGCAAACUUCUAUGGUAAUCUUUAUUAUUCCUUGAAAGGCAGAGAAAAAUGAAUUGUUAAAAGAUGAUGAGGAUGAAAUAGAGGAGGAAGAAAGAAAGAAAAGAAAAAGAGGAGAACAAUUAGAAAAGGAACGGGAGGAAAGGCUUAAACACUUGAGUGAAUGGAAGGUAAUGCAUCAUAGUGAUUGUCACUUGUCAGUAAGCUAUUUGAGAAUAUUGUAUCCUUCUCUCUGUGGGCAGUAUUUGGAUGCUGUCUGAAAGUAACAUCAAAUAAUAGUUAGGGACACGUACACAGGUAAAACUUAAUGCAGGUAAAACUUAAUGCACUGGAUGAAGAGCCUUGUAGGAGUCUUGCUGAUUUGUAUGUUGCUGAACUCUGUUCUCAGGUUAAACCAGUAUUCAACCUAUUAGAGUUUUUGCUAGAGUUUUAAUCAUGCCUCGUUCAGACCAAAGCGUAAACAUGUUUAAAAGCUGUUAAGUUAAACACGGUUCAAAAUUGUUUCCCUCAUAAAAGCUGCUUUUUAAGCUGAUUGCAAAUUUAGAGCAAAUUAUUAAACAUAAUGAGUUACAUUUGAAUCCUUUGUGAAAACCUGCGUUCAAGUUUUCCGUGUCUGUUUUUCAUUUUUUAAAACCUGGUUUAAUUAAACAUGUUUAGUUUGUGUGAAUGGGGCGUAGGUAAAAUACUGAAAGGGUUUUACCUACAACUACUCUCAGUGGAUUGAAGGCUGGCUGGCCCAUUACAAACCCCUGUCGGUUAAAAGGAUGGUUUUCAAGUCAGUUGAAUCUUUCUUGAGGGUGACCGUCGUUUUGCUAACGUCUUAAACCGAUUCGCUAACGUGUUAUGCUAAGCAAAACGUGGUGCAUGACUUGCUCAAAAUGCUCAGAGAUCAUGCAUAGCAGACCAUUUAAAAUCCAGAAAAUAUCAGCUGAAGUUUUCACUACAACAAAAACGUUCCUGAACGCACAAAAGAUAAAGCGUGAAAGUCCGGUGGUCGAUCUUUAAUUAACUCAAACUUAGCGCAAACAAACACGACAAUAGUAGGAUGCGAGGUAAAUAAAAUGAUCGCUCAGGACGUUAUUCUUCUCGAGAAACUGAAGAAUCUUACUUCACAGAGGGAAAUUUUGUCCUUAUUCCACGAACUGACUUACAACUGUUACAAUACGUUAACGAAACAGCUUUGAAAAAUGAUGAGAAAGAUGAGAAAGCUUUUUAUUCAGUCAGUUACACAGACGACUGGGAAGAAAAUCACCGAGUAUUCCCAACAGAAGUCGAACGUAUGACCUUCGGUCUGACCGGAUACGUUAGCGAAACGUCUUUAAAAGACGUUGGCGAACUAUAAACAGGACGUUAGCGAAACGACUCGUUGGCAAAACGAUCGUACUUCUUCUUGAGUCUUAUCAAAUUUUCAAGUUCAAAGUUCAAGUUAUUUCUAUUCAAAUGUACCGGGUAACUUCAGUUUUUACUAAGACCUUUGAGCACUACCAUUGUUUGUUUUGCAUGUCUUAAAUAAAUAUUUAUGUUACGUUCAUUGUUUUUUAUCUGUCCAGGUUCAGAAAGGACUAGAAAAGGCCAAAAUGGAGGAAGCUCGCCUAAGGCAAGAUUUGAAUAAAGCAAAGGAAAGAGAAAAAGAAGAAAAGAAAAGGGUGAGAGAAGAUUCUCUUUUCAGUCAUUUGAACUUUUACACUUUAAUACUUAUUGGGUCAAGGAAAAAGUGAUAUUUAGCGUCAUCUUCAUUUUAAUGUUUCCAGAAGACCAAAAAGGAAAGAAAAGUGAAGUGAAAAUGGUUUCCAUCUGACGACUGUUGGUCGUCAGUUGUCUUCAUUUUUGGCCGACUACGGUAAAACCCCGCGACUAAGAACCUGUUUUUUUUUAAGUUAGCGUAAACAGGUUCUUAUAUAAAUGGUAGUUAGCACACGUUUAGACUAUGUAUAGGUUCUUAAAUAGGUUCUUAGUUUCCAAAGGAAAAAAAUACAAUACAGCUAAGAGUAUUUGGUGGUUCAGUUGACAUAUCUUAUAUUAAUUUUCUCUAAGUGUACAGACGUUUUUCAUAGAUUUUAGAAAAUAAAACCUGUUUCAAAUUUUAGGCUGAACAGUUUCCUAAAUAGAGGGGGUUUAACUGGCAAAUUUUAACUUAACAGGUUCUUAAAAUUCAGGUUCUUAGUCGCGGGGUUUUACUGUAUGGGUCGUCCGUCGUCGGACCAUUGUCGUCGAUUUGGGCCAAACGUCCGUCGUUGACGGUCGUCGUUUUCGACUGACUUAAGCUCGGCUAUUGUUAGUCUGUCGUCGGAUUCUUGGCCAACAGACUUUGGACUUCUGACAGUUUUGCAUUGUGUGUUCUUUGCAGCUGGAAAUAAAAGCUCAAGUUGAGGAGUAUGCGAGACAAAGAGCUGAAGAACAGGAGAUAUUAAAAGCAGCAAGAGAAGCUAGAAAACAACAAGAAAAAGCAGUUCAUAGACUAACAGCCGACGAGGCAGCCAAAAUACAAGAAAGGGUUUGUUUUUUUUUUAAACACGUUUUGCAUCACUUGAAGGUAGUUACUUUCGCCUUAGGGUAGCAUGAUGUUAAAUUCUAAUCUUCUUUUUAUGUUUCAGAGUCAAAAGAUGCUCGAAGAAAAGCAAGCUAAGAAGAAAGAGAAAGAAGUGGAAAAAAUGGAGAAAGAGAAAAGACUCCAGAAACUAAAAAGCCAGGUGCUUAUUUUACAGUUCAGUUAUAUUUAUAAGACUAGAAGAUUUACUUUGUAUUUUGCUUCCGUUGUUUAUUGUCGAGAAGAGAUUAAACAUUUCUUUUCAGCACAAAGUUGUUGACAUGGACACCUAUGAACAGUGGUUUAAUCGCUUUUGUCGUCCUGCCUCUUGACUGAUUCAAUAGGGACAUUAUACAAAGAAGACAUUUCCUGUUUUUCCUAGUAUAAAUGCCUCUAAUGUUGUUUAUUGUUACUAAGAAGAACAGUAAAAGGAGUAGGCGAAGUCGCAUAUACGGUCGCAAUAAAGAAUCCGCGCCUCUCCCCAGUCUCACUCUCCGUUUUCACCCUGACUCCAGACCUCUCCCGCGCGCGUUCUUAGCCUACUUUUUUUAUUCGAAUGUUGAAAAACGUUAAUGUUUGCGUUCUGUUAUAAUAGGGGGACGGGGAUAUUUAGCAAAAAAGAAAACAAAAAUGGACUUGUUAAGUUGUACAACCUUCCCAAACAGAAAGAUUCUAGAAUUGACGUAUUAAACUAACAAAUUAACGAUUAACGCCUUUUAAGGGCAUAUCAUAUUCGAGUAACCUGGAAGGCAAAGGUUCUAUCUUCGAGUUUUCCUUGUCUAAGACACUGGCAUUCAAGUCUUACAUUAGGACAGACGACGAAUGCUGAACCUGAUAUUAGUGGUAACGGGUUUUGGUUUUAUCCUUUUUAGGUCGAGGUGAAUGUAUCACGUGACCCUUCACGACUUUAUAAACUCACCGCGGGGUGGCAACAGCGAAAGAAAGAAGGUCCCGGGGCUGGUGACGGGGGACGCCUACUGCAAAUGCCACACAGGUAGGUGUGCGUAUUAACUGACCACUACAGAAAAUACCAUAACAUACCAUAGUGCUGUUUGUUUGUAACCCCAAAAUUUUUCAUAAGUGUUGUCUUCAGUUUCUCUCGCGAGUUAAAAUGGCCCCAAAAGAAACUGAAAACAAUGCUUAUGCAAAAUUUUGGGGUGGUAAACAAAGAGCAUUAUGGUAUGUUAUCGUAUUUUCUGUAGUGGUCAAUGUCGUUAUGUAAUCUGUAGCAAUGCUGGCGUAUUUUGGGGUGAGCUUUAAUGCUUAAUUUUUUCUUGGCUGUAGUCUCAUUUUUGAUUUCAAAAUAGACGGAGAGGGUGGGUAUAAGACGGAAAGAACAUAGUCUCUCCACCCACCCCUUCCCUACAUUCCGUGGCUCGUGCACCACAACCCGUGCAAAUUCUAAUGCUCAGUUCUUUGCUCCCCGGCCUUAAGAAAAUGCCUGCACUGUAACCUUGCCGUUAUUUCCAGUUAUAGUCACUACACUAUGUAAGAAUAAUAAAUCAAUAGGAUUAUUAGAUUUAUUAGAAGUAUUUCUCUCUUUUACGUGUUCUAUUGAAACUCGUGCAUGGCGAAUAAGACUGAAAAGAUAGCUUCUGGAAAAUGGUUUCUUAGAAAGAAGUGUGUUUGAUUGAGAAGUUUCCAUUAUGUUCCAUUUAUUUCAGUUCCCAAUUCUUCCCGUUUGGCUACACAAGCACGCCAUGCGUGCCUUUUUUGUUGUCGAGAAACCUACGCGUGGGUACUUCAGUUUCCAUUCUUCCCGUUUGGCUACACAAGCACGCCAUGCGUGCCUUUUUUGUUGUCGAGAAACGUACGCGUGGGUACGCCAUGCGUGCCCUACGCGUUUUUGUUCCCGUUUGGCUCGAGAAACACACGCGUGGAUACUUACCAUUUACAUGUGAAAAUUAAAUGGUUCUCGCCACUCCGUUUGGGAAGCCUGUGAUUUGAGGCGAUGCAAUUUUUUUGUUCUUGUUAGCCUGUUCAGCUGAAUUGGUUAUUCUUCGUAGCGGGUCAUUCUCCUACCAGGUCAAAUUUUAUAGUUUUGUGUUUAUGCACAAGAUAUCCAGCCGGGUGGAAAAAAUGGUAAGUAAUGGUAAGCACCCUCGAUGUCCCACACCUUGUUAAAUCAUCUCAAAAAAGUGAUACAUGUAUUUGCUAUUCUUGUUGAUUGCAGGGCGGUUCCCUCUUGGAGGCAGGGAUUGUCAUAAGGAAAAUCCUCAGCUCAUCCUCUGAGUGUCCCAUUCGCUUCAUCAUAUCACAACAAACGUACCCGUUAUGGUCAUGUGGGUCGCGACAAAUCUCAUCAACUUUCUUUGAGGAGACCAAGCUACUGGGUCCCUUUUUAGACUCUUUCUCUACACCAAGAGCCCAUUCCGGCCACACUGAUGGAGGUUGUUACAGAUGCAAUAGUGAACUUUUGAGUUCAGUACAAAUUUGACUGAGAUCGAUAACGAUGACGACUUUAGUUAAAUCCUCGAAACUCCCACUUCUUCUCGCUGAAAACGAGAUGGAAAGACUUAACAUUGGUCAGACAAGUGAAAACUGACAAUACUAUGUGAUUUUUGUUAACAGUUGCGUGUUGCAGUGGCGGUAUUGCAGGUUUUCGUUAUUGAUUUUACUAAGCCUGUGUAGCUGGUUGGAAUGAACUUGAAGUAGACAAACAUGGUUUAUAAACUGUUAUGCACUCU